GCCAGCAAGUUUGUAAUUCUCAUUAUAUGAUUAUUGUUAAAAAUGGAUAUACUGAAUAUAAAAGUGCAUCUGUUCCAAAUUCAUCGACUAAAUUGUUAUUUGAUGAUUACCAUAAUAUCCAUGAAAACCGCUGUCUAAAUAACACUUUUUUAUCAGAAGCUGCUUAUCUGGCAACAAGUGUGUGUAAAAAAGUUGAAAGGAUUGAUCAACUUACAAUACAUACCUAUGAUAAUGCCAUUGUAGAACGAAAAGAAGAACGCAGAAUGAAAGAUGCAAUUUUAGUAGGAAUACAAGAACAGCAACUUCAUUCUGUACAAGAUUAUCUUAAGGCGCUAAAUAUGAUUUUAAAUUAUAAUAAGGAAAUAGGUUGCCUUACCAAUAAUGUAGCGCCAAUU